ACCGCGGAAGCUGAGGAGGAAUGAGGCUUAAAGUUUAGAGCUUUAGUGUGACCUGUGAUUUUCAUAGGGAAUACCGUCAUUUAAUUGUUUUCUGAAUAGUUUAGUUUUUGGGGUUUUUUUUACGUGAGUGUGGGGGCACGUUUGUGUUUAGGGUUGUUUUAAAUCUUCAUAACCUUCGGUGCAUAAUGAAGAGACUGAUAGUGGCGCCAGUGCUUCUCAGUUUCCUGCUCUCAGAAGUGUUUUCGGUUCUGGUGACAGUGCCACAGGCGCAGUACAGCACAGGUCUCUUUGUCCCGGUCACGCUGCGCUGUGACUAUACCACUUCAGCUAACCCUCAGAAUGUGCUGGUCACCUGGCUCUUCAAGUCUUUCUGCAAAGACCCCGUGCUGGAUUACUACUCCACAGCCUACCAGGCAGCUCUGCAGAUGGGUCAGGACCCGUCCAAUGACUGCCCAGAUAGCCAGCGCACCGUCCGGACUGUGGCUCAGAAAUAUGGCACCAACGAGCCCUCACUAGGUCCACAGUACAGCGGGCGCAGAAUCACCAUCCAGAACAAGGCAGACCUGGUGAUCACCGAGGUGAAGUGGUGGGACAAUGGUGUCUAUGUGUGCUCUGUUGAUGCACCUGGAGAUACAAGUGGAUAUCCAAACAACUAUAUGAAGCUCAUUGUUUACAACUGGCUGACUGUAUUGUUCUUAAUCAUCGGGGCCAUCCUCCUUAUCAUCCUCUUUUGUGUUUGCUGCUGCCAGUGUUGCCCUCAGAGAUGUUGCUGUUAUGUCCGUUGCCCAUGCUGCCCACAAACCUGCUGCUGCCCUGAGAAAAUGGUGAUGCAGCACAGGAUGAUGAAGGAUGCCCAGAAGGCGAUGAGCUCCUGGGCUAGUGGGCAGCCGAUCUACGCACCCCUGAGCUCUCACAGCUCUGCAUACCAAAUGAAUCCCAUGAUGUAUGCAGGUUCAGCAUCAGGAAAGUUCCCCAUGUCAUCCAUUCCUCCCAUGCCCCUCCCACCUCCUGUCCAUCCUGGCCCAAUGCACAACCCCAUGCCCAUGUCUAUGCAUGGCCCCAUGCCUGGACCUAUGCCAGUGCCCAACAUGCAGGGCAGGGACAGUGCCAACAAAGUGCUGGAUUACCUGGAGAACCAGGUGAGAGACAUGGAUGUCACCAGCCCCGUGAUCCCACCUCCACCUGUGCACAUGGUCCACACUGUGCCCUUCUCCGCCGGCCCACCCAGCAUGCUUUCUGGGCUGGACGAUGGCCCUGCCUCCCGCCGGCACCACCCGGCACACUCCAGUGGCUCUUCCAGCUACAAUCGCCACCGCCAGCCUCCUCCAUCUAGACGUGGAAUGUCACGCAGUUACAGUCAGGAAGACGUGCUGGAUACCCGGAGCCAAGCGACUUAUCGGCCUCGCUCACGAUCCAGAGAGGACCUUCUGGAAAGCAGUAGAGGAUACUGGGACUCUGCCAGUGACAGUAGCAGGAGAGCAGGUGGAUCUAGAGGUGGAGCCCGGGGUGGAGCCCGAGGCGGAGACUGGUCUGACCACCCACCCAGCUACAGCGAAUACGAGCCAGGCCAGAAACCGACAAGGCGGCCCUUCUCUGUUAAGAGCUCAGUGAGUGGUACGAGUGUAGUAAUCUGAAGCCUGUCUGCCUUCCACCAUUAUGGAGACUAUCCUGAAAGCAAGUGCCAAGGACAGCACUGCAUAGUGAUUAGUAUUUGAAGGUUUUUAUUUGAAGAAAUGUUAGAUUGGGCUUGACCAACACUGCCUUGAAAGGCCUACUGCCCUAGUUCUAAAACUUCUAAAGAAUUUGAGUAUGUUGAAGAGAGUUUUUGUUUUGUUUUAGCUGUGUCAAUUUUUAUAUAUAAAAAAAACAUUUGAGCCCUUUUGCCAAUUUCAUCUCGUGGGCUCGGCUGUAUUUCAUGGCAGUGUAAAAUUCAGUGGCCUGAAUCCUGAGUCUGGAGAUUUUAUGAAUGUGGUUUAUAACAUGAAGCAGUUGCUCAGUUGCUAGUCCAUGAUGUAAUGCUUCUUUACCAGGUGUAUAGAAUGGAAGCUUAUAUAUACAGGUGCAUCUUUAAAAAUUAGAAUAUCGUGGAAAAGUUCAUAGUUUUCUGUAAUUUCAUCCAAAAUUGGAACUUUCAUAUAUUCAAGAUUCAUUACACAUAAAGUGAAAUAUUUCAAGCCUUUUUUGUUUUAAUCUUGAUGCUUAUAGCUCAUGGAUAUCAAAAAUCCAGUAUCUCAAAAUAUUAGAAAAAAGAAUUUAUAAUACAGAAAUAUCGACCUGAGAAGAGCUCUAAUCGGCUAAUUAACUCAAAACACCUGCAAAGGUUUCCUGAGCCUUUAAUCUCUCAGUCUGGUUCAGUACACACAACCACAAUCACGGGGAA